GUUUCUCUCGCUCUGCCUUUACAUUUGGAAUCGAGAGCCACAUCAGCCAGUCCAACAUCAGUGGGACGCUAGUACCACCAGCUGCGCUCAUCUCUAUCCUCCAGAAGGGCCUACAGUAUGUGGAGACCAAGAUCAGCAUCAACGAGGAUGGCACCGUGUUUGACGGGCUACCCAUUGAGUCACUGUCACUGAUUGACACAGUGAUGCCGGAUUUGGUGCAGACAUGGCAGCAGGCCUUCAGAGAGAAGCUGGCCCAGCAGCAGGCCAGUGUGGUGGCAACAGUGGCAACAGCAACAGCAGCAGCCACACCAGCAGGUGUGUCCUAUCAAAACACACCAAAGAACAGAGAGGCUGCAGUGAAUGGGGAAGAGAAUGGGGCACAUGCAAUAAAUAAUCAUUCAAAACCAAUGGAAAUAGAUGGGGAAGUGGAGAUCCCACAAAACAAGGCCACUGUGCUUCAGGACCAUGAGUCUGAGGUGUUCAUCUGUGCUUGGAACCCUGUCAAUGACCUCCUUGCAUGUGGGUCUGGAGACUCUACUGCGAGGAUAUGGAACUUCAAUGAAAACAGCAAUGGGGGCUCCACCCAGCUCGUAUUGAGGCACUGUAUAUGGGAAGGGGGGCAUGAUGUACUCAGUAACAAAGACGUGACCUCACUGAAUUGGAAU